AUGAUGCGGACGCAGUGUCUGCUGGGGCUGCGCACGUUCGUGGCCUUCGCCGCCAAGCUGUGGAGCUUCUUCAUUUACCUUUUGCGGAGGCAGAUCCGCACGGUAAUUCAGUACCAAACUGUUCGAUAUGAUAUCCUUCCCUUAUCUCCUGUGUCUCGGAAUCGGCUAGGCCAGGUGAAGAGGAAGAUUCUGGUGCUGGAUCUGGAUGAGACACUUAUUCACUCCCAUCAUGAUGGGGUUCUGAGGCCCACGGUCCGACCUGGAACACCUCCUGACUUCAUCCUCAAGGUGGUAAUAGACAAACAUCCUGUCCGGUUUUUUGUACAUAAGAGGCCCCAUGUGGAUUUCUUCUUAGAAGUGGUGAGCCAGUGGUACGAGCUGGUAGUAUUCACAGCAAGCAUGGAGAUUUAUGGCUCUGCUGUGGCAGAUAAACUAGACAAUAGCAGAAGCAUUCUCAAGAGGAGAUAUUACAGACAGCACUGCACUUUGGAAUUGGGCAGCUACAUCAAGGACCUCUCUGUGGUCCACAGUGACCUCUCCAGCAUUGUGAUCUUGGAUAACUCCCCAGGGGCUUACAGGAGCCAUCCAGACAAUGCCAUCCCCAUCAAGUCCUGGUUCAGCGACCCCAGCGACACCGCCCUUCUUAAUCUGCUCCCAAUGCUGGAUGCCCUCAGGUUCACCGCUGAUGUUCGCUCUGUGCUAAGCCGAAACCUUCACCAACACCGGCUCUGGUGACAGCUGCUCCCCCUCCACCUGAGUUGGGGUGGGGGGGACAGGGAGGGUGAGCCCUCGAGAUGCUGUCUGAUGCCCUGUCCAAUGGUGAGGACUGCCUGGGCAGGGUCUGCCCCUCCCUCCCCUCUCUGCCCUGGGAGCCCUGCACUCCAUAUGGAACCUGGAUGGACACAUGGGCCAGACUCUGAAGCAGCCUCUCUCUAACUUCCUGUUCGACUGGGACAUAAGCAGAGGUCUAGGAGAGCCGAAACAGUGUCUGUGAUGGAGAGAGAGGACUGGCCAGAGUGAGAGACAGACAUUCAAUAAUCCGGGAGGCUCAGAGAGAAGCCAAGCCAGCUUUGUUGUGAUUUAAUUUUUUAAAAAACUCUUGUACAAAACUGAUCUAAUUCUUCACUCCAGGGGCUGGGUUGUGGGUGGGAAACUGGGAUUUGGGCCACUGGAUUUCCCCCAGACUUGUCCCCUCCCCCCUCCCCUCCUUUUCUCUACAUUUUCCUUUCUUAGAUUUCCUCAGACCUGUAACCAGCUUUCUCUCUCUGUUCCCCCCUCUUUUAAACCAUGCAUUAUAACUUUGAAACCAAA